AAAAUAAAUCUCAUUCUGUUCUACUUCUACCUGAUUGAAAAAUAAAGAAUCCAUUUUGUUAGCACAGCAGAAAAAUCUACGUAAUCUGAAGCCGCCAUUAGUGCCAGUCUGUCACGAGGUGUCUUCUCCCGCUAGCAUUCAUUUACAGCGCAAGAAUUUGUUCUUUCCCUUGAUUGAUUAAACCAAUCCCAGUUCAUUCUAUUUCAAUUCCGAUCAUUUCGCCUUUAUCCGGUCGAUACCUCAUUCCCAUUUUUGCGAACAAUUGCCGGUUCUUCCAAUCGAUUACAUCGAUAAUUUUCUGCUGUGGGAACCUAUACCCCCUUCUGUUAGGGAUUAGGGUUCUUACAUUUCUAAAAGGGAUUCGGAGAAAUAGUUGGAUUGGUGUAUUGCAUGAAAAGUUUUUCCAAAUCAGCAACCGGAUUGGGGAAGUACUGAAUUCAAGCAUUAAGGAUUUCUCUUGGAGAAGAGCGUCUUUUGGGUGACUGACUUUUAGUCUCUGCAUAGGAGAUGGGGCCAAUAUACUACAUACUAAUAGCAUUGCCUUGUACAAUUGGUGCAAUGGCAUUGGCAGUUCUCCACAUUUACAAGCAUCUUUUAAAUUAUACUGAGCCCACAUAUCAGAGAUACAUUGUCCGCAUCAUCUUUAUGGUUCCUGUUUAUGCAUUGAUGUCUUUCUUAUCUCUGGUCCUAAACAAAAGCACAAUUUACUUCAAUUCAAUAAGAGAAAUGUACGAAGCAUGGGUCAUCUAUAAUUUUUUGUCACUGUGCCUAGCAUGGGUAGGUGGUCCAGGAGCUGUUGUCGUUAGUCUGUCUGGUAAAGUUCUGCAGCCAAAUUGGUGCCUAAUGACGUGUUGCUUUCCUCCAAUUCCUUUGGAUGGGCGUUUUAUACGUAGGUGCAAACAAGGAUGUCUGCAGUUUGUGAUCUUGAAGCCCAUUUUAGUCAUUGUUACCUUAAUGCUUUAUGCGAAAGGGAAAUAUGAAGAUGGAAACUUCAAUCCACUACAAUCAUAUCUUUACCUCACCAUUAUCUAUACCAUCUCAUACUCGAUGGCACUUUAUGCAUUGGCCUUGUUUUAUGUAGCUUGCAGAGAGUUACUGCAGCCAUUCAAUCCUGUUCCCAAGUUCAUCAUAAUCAAAUCUGUAGUAUUUCUUACAUACUGGCAGGGUGUUUUGGUUUUUCUUGCUGCUAAGUUUGAACUAAUUAAGGAUACUACAGAAGCUGCAGAAUUUCAAAAUUUUAUAAUCUGUGUGGAGAUGCUUAUUGCGGCCAUUGGGCAUCUAUAUGCCUUCCCUUACCAAGAGUAUUCUGGUGCAAAUAUCGGCACAAAUUUCGGCUUUACUGCAAGCCUUACCCAUGCUUUGAAAUUGAAUGACUUUUACCAUGAUACUGUACACCAGUUUGCACCUACCUACCAUGAUUAUGUGCUCUACAAUCCCAGUGAGAGUGAAGAUGGAGCAAGAAAGUACAGGGCACGGACGUUUGUCCCAACUGGUCUUGAAAUGGACACAGUUAGAAGAAACAAAAACAUGUAUGGGAACAAGUUGGAAGAUGUGCAAUUAUCCAGCGUAUCAUCGUCGGGGAGUAGAACUCCUGAAAUUUCAGAUGCUUCACCAGAUACUCUAAAAUUGGAGGUUCUAGACUCUUCGUUGCUCAUGGAUACAUCGAAUGCUGACUCUGUGCCCUAUGAUCUUUCACUUGUUGACAUAGACAUGUCUAGUUACGCAGCAGAGGUUCCAGCAGCUAAUGAAUCCGAGACAAGGUGACGGCUGCGAUCUGUAGAGCAUCUGAAUGCCGUGUAUGUUCCCCCCCCCCCCCCCCCCCCUAAACAAGUGAAAAGAAAGUAGGUCUCUGUGUCACUAGAAUCUGCUGGCAUUGUGAUAUGUACAUAUAGUUGUUGUAGAGACAUGUUUUGACAUUUCGUAUAGGAGGUUACAUUGUUGGUUGAGUGUCUUGAUUGUUUCGGAACUAAUAUUUCUUGCUUUUGUUUGAUGAAUAUUCUUACUGCCCUUUACUUUCUAAAA